AUGGCAGUAAUAAAAAGCUUAUUCGAACCUGAAGGUUUAAUAGGUGGUCAAGAGGUAAUGAGUCAUGAUGAUUCGAUUUGUCAGAACAGAAGAGGAACUGAAGGUGAUGAGUAUAUGGAUUUUGAUGAAUUAGAAUUAUUUCUUUUGAGUUGGGUACAAGUUACCAUUCGACAGCACAGUAAGGCCCUAUCCGGUUCACCACAUAAAAGGAAUUAUGCAAAAGAGUCUAAAAGGACUUGUACAUUAAGUUAA